UCACUUGUGGUAAUUUAGUUCUGCCUUUCCUCUUGGAGCCUCUUAGGGGAUACAGACCAGUAAACGCCAACUUUUCCUCCAACUGGGAGAUCAUUCCCUCCAAGACAAUCAUCUCUGAGAAGAGACACAGAAAUUACUCAUGAACACAUUUAUCAAUGAACAUACACCACGUACUCUGAAGAUGAGUGAGCAGGAGGUCACUUUUUCAACUGUGAGAUUUCAUAAGAGGUCAGGGUUGCAGAACCAUGUGAGGCGUGAAGAGACUCAAGUGCCCAGAGAACCUGGUCACAGAGUGUGUUCAGUCCACUGGUACCUCAUUGUGAUAGCUCUCGGAAUCCUUUAUUCUCUUCGGCUGGUCAUUUUUGCAGUGUUGGUGACAAACAUUUUUCAGUAUAAUCAUGAAAAACAGGAACUGCAGAAAAUUCUACAUCACUACCACAACUGCUGCACCAAGCAAAAUGACAUCAAAUUAAAGGAAGAAAUACUGAGAAAUAUGUCUGUAGAGUGUAGGGAAGGUUACAAUCUUCUGAAAUGCCCCUAUAGAGAAGAGCACAGAUGGUACAGUGAAACCAAAACUGUUUUAAAUUCCUCACACUGCAUAGGAAGAGGUGAAGUACACUGGUUCUGCUAUGGUAUAAAAUGUUAUUAUUUCAUCAACAAUGAUAGAAAAUGGAGUGGAUGUUUUCAGACCUGCCAUAAUAUCAGCCUAUCACUUCUGAAGAUAGAUGAUAAGGAUGAACAGGAGCUCCUUCGGUGCCAGAUUAUUCCAGACACUUACUGGAUUGGACCGAAAUAUGAUAAUAAAAAAAUUGAAUGGGAUUGGGUUGACAAUGGUCCAUCUAAACUUGAUUUGAUGGCAAUGAAAUCAGAGAAGAAAACAGGAGGCUGUGCAGUUUUCAGUAUGACAGGUAUACAUAGUGAUGACUGUGGUAAAAAAUAUCCCUGUAUCUGUGAAAAGAGAAUGGACAAAGUUCCUGCAUCAGUGUGCAGUGUGAAGGAAAGGUCUCAGUCUGCUGUGUGAACAGAGAGAUGAGUUGUAAAGGGAAGAAAUGUUCUUCUGAAAUCUGGCUUAAUAGAGAAGAAGUCAUAUUCCUUUCUGACACAUGAAGCAGCUUGCAUGUGGAGAAUGGACACACUUUGUUUCAAGAUCCUAAAGAUUCACUCACAUUGUCUCCUGAUUGACACAGAGAACCACAUAGAGAAUACCAUACAUAAUGUACAUAUCACAUCGUCAUUAGGAUAUUUCUAUAUCCCAUGGCUUUGAUAGCACAAUCAAUAUCGUAUUUGCUGUUGUGGGGGUUUAUGUGUUGGUUAGUUACUAUGUGGUAUUUUUUGAAUGUAGAAGAAGUUGAAAUUUUUAAAAAGCUUUUGGGAUGAGGAACUGUGGGAAGUAUAACUGAGGGUGGGCAAUGACUGGACUGUUAAUAAAUAAAAUAAUUUAAAAAAGGA